ACCCUCCUCUCAGAGCAGGAGCAGUCAGACGCGCAGCAGCAGCGGAAGGAGCCGGUGGACUUUACGCAGAGCAGAAAAACACGCUUUUUUCCUCCAUGAAGUUGUGACUCUUUUUUCUCUGAGUUGAUUCCCUCGUGCUUCAGACUGACUUUCCGCACAGCAGGAAACCCAGCAUUUGUUUCUCCUUUUUCUUCUUUCCUGCGCUGAUUCCUCCCCUCAGUGUCCUCUCUGAAGCCAUGACGUCGCGCUGCAGGAUGGAGCGGCUCGCGCUCACCCUGGUUCUCCUGUCGGUCUCGUGCAGCGCGUCAGAGUACGAGUACCUCUCCUGGAAGUCUGAUGCGUACUCGCGCGGUUACGGGAAGGCCCCGCAGUGCGUGGACAUCCCGCAGGACCUGCGGCUGUGCCACGCGGUGGGCUACGAUCAGAUGCUGCUGCCCAACCUGCUGGAGCACGAGACCAUGGCAGAGGUGAAGCAGCAGGCGAGCAGCUGGGUGCCGCUCGUGCACAAGAGCUGCCACCCGGGCACGCAGGUGUUCCUGUGCUCGCUGUUCGCGCCCGUGUGCCUCGAGCGCCCCAUCUUCCCGUGCCGCUGGCUGUGCGAGGCGGUGCGCGAUGGCUGCACCCCCAUCAUGGAGUCUUUUGGGUUCCCGUGGCCCGAGAUGCUCGCGUGCGACAAGUUCCCGCAGGACGACGUGUGCAUCGCGAUGACGCAGCCCAACGCGACCGAGAGCCCCAACCCGACAGGCUUCUCUUCGAUCUGCCCUCCAUGUGACAACGAGAUGAAGUCGGACGCCAUGUUGGAACAUAUGUGCGCCAGCGAGUUCGCUUUCAAGACCAAGAUCAAGGAGGUGACGCGGGAAAACAUGGACCGCAAGGUGGUCCUGCAGAAGAGGAAGAAGAUGCUGAAGACGGGGAACCUGAAGAAGAAGGACAUGAAGUCGCUGGUGUUGUACUUGAAGAAUGGCGCCGAUUGUCCCUGCCAGCAACUGGACAACCUGGGGAACCAGUACCUGAUUAUGGGCCGCAAGGUGGACAAGCAGUUCCUCCUCACUGGGAUCCACAAGUGGGACAAGUCCAGCAAAGAGUUCAAAAAGGCCAUCAAGAAACUCAAGACCUACAAAUGUCCCGCCUUCGAGAACGUCUUCAAAUAACGCGUCCCCCGUCGUCCUUCGUUCGCAUCUCAUCCUACAUAUGAACUUGCACAAAAUCCUAAACUUUGCUUUCUAUUGUCCUGUUUAUAUAUCUAUAUCUUUGUAUAUUUACAGAUAUACUUUGGAAACGUCCUUUUGUUAAGUUUUAAAAUGAUUGUGGUGAGUGAUGACACCACAGUAAACUGGCUUUCCUUUUUUUAAAUCUGCCUUAAGAAAAAGGACUUUGUAGUAAAAGCCCUUCCUCACUGAAAUCAUUUCCACUAUGUUUGUAGAUACAGUAUCUUUCUUACUCUUGCUUAAAAGUUGAGUGGAUUUUAUCACGAAGCGCUCAAUAAGAAGAUCGAUACCACUCUUCUAUCUCUACUUUAAAUAUUAAGCUAUAAUCAGAAGGUGGCUAACUUAGCCUAGCCUAGCAUAAGUAGCAGAGGUUAGCUGGGUUUGUCCAAUAGCUAAAACACAUACCGUUGGUUGUUAUUGGUACAGAUUAAACUAAUGAAAUGUGUGUCAAUUAGUGAGUUAAAAAAGUUCUGAUAGACAUGUUGUGGACCAACCAAUGCUAGAUGCCUCAAGUCUUUAUGCUAAGCUAACCAUGUGGCGCUAGCUUCAUAUUUAGCUUGCAAGUAGAGUGGAUUUUAUAACUGAGAGCUCAAUAAGAAGAUACCACUCUUGUAUCUCUACUUUAAAUAUGAAGCUAGGAUCAGAAGGUGGCUAGCUUAGCUUAGCUUAGCCUAGCAUAUGUAACAGAAGUUAGCUGGGUUUGUCCAAUAGCUAAAACAAAUAGCAUUUGUUGUUAUUGGUACAGACUAAACUAUGAAAUAUGUGUACAUUAGUGAGUUUAUUGUUGACAUGUCUUGAACAGAGCCAUGCUAGCUGCCUCAAAGCUUUAUGCUAAGCUAACCAUGUGGAGCUAGCUUCAUAUUAUAGCGUACAGACUCAAGAGUGGUGUAGAUCUUCUCCUCUAACUCUCAGCAAGACAAAUGUUUAACUUUUCUUUCAGAUAGUCUUAUCAUUUAAUAACAAAUCAUAAAACCAGUUAUUAGACUCCAGAUUACUGUUGAAUAACUUAUGGACAGAGUUCUGCCGUCAGCUGAUUGAAGAAUGCACUACCAAUCAUUUUGAUCAUUUCCUUUUCAUUUAAUUAUUGACUAACCACCAAUCUGCGUCAUGAGAUAACAUGAGGCCUUUAUGGUAGAUUUCUUUAUACCUGUUGUGCGUUGUUACCUGAUAUGUGUGGUGUUAGCACCACUUUUCUUACUCUCUACAUCCAGUCUUCAGUAAUCAGUACAACAAGUGCAAAAAUUGCAAUUUCUGUAUUCUGUUUUUUUUGUUUUUCUCAAUUGUCACAAUCGGUUUUAGCACUAUUUUGUUUCAGUUUGAAUGUCAGCGGUGCAUUGCUGCCUAUUACUUGUACAUACACAUUUUACAUAAAUAUGUAAAACUGAAAAA